AAGAACACGUGUAUAUUUGAGGUUCUUCCGUAUUUGCGUCGUUUGCGAUACCUGCAUAUUCAUCAUCAUCAUCAUCACUCCUCAUUUGCAUACAUGUCUACUUUCGCUUCCUCAGAUGGGAGUUGAUCAACUUGAUCACUUUCUGUCACAACCAUGACCAACAGCGUCGACGAUCAAACGCCUGUUUCGCGAAAAGACGUUUUCGUUCAGUAUUUAGAGUACUACGACAAAGUUAGUUGCGAAGGCAAUCUGACAGUGUGCUCAGAGACACAGGUGACAGAUGAAGCCAGGCGCGAGCUGUUAGCUGAGGAAGAGCCGCGGAAGAGACUCGGCGAGCUGGACUUCUAUGAGACUCUCUAUAAGUGCGCACAGUACAGAGACUGCCAGAGACGAGUCCACGACUUUAAAAAAGCUGCCGAGUUACUGGAGAUGUUCUGUGUCAACCUGUUUUUGUUUCCGUGGAAGAAAGAGAUUAAAACCUUAAAGACAUUUACAGGACACUUUGUCUAUUACAUCAAGCCAGUAUUGCCUUUUGCCAGAAGUAUUCUUCAGAUUAUUGGAUACUGCAUGGAAACAGACACUGAGUAUAGACUGUCAGACAGUUCUGAUCCUGACAAGGCCAAGAGUAUGGGAUUUGACCUUUUCCUUGCCAGGUUAGAGUGUGAGUAUGUUCUGGAGCUCAUGAACCAGAGAUCACAUGUGGAUUGUCUGGAGAUCAUCCGAAUGAGAGCUGCUCCUCUGACCUUCAGUGCUGGAGAAGUAGUUUCCGAACCUAUCAAUGACACCUGUAAUCUAAACGAGGAUGUUUUUAAGGAUGAUGGGCAUGUUGAAGGUGGCUCUCUGGUAAACCCAGAGGAAGAGGAGCGGCAGGAGUCACUUAAAAGUCAUAACUCUCUUGAUCAGGAAGUCGACAAGUCUCAAGAUGCUUCUAUCUCUGAUGUCGAAAGACCGUCCAGCUCAUUUAUGACUGACGACAAGUCUAUCUUAGAGAUGCGGGAGAACUACCCAGACCUGGCCAUCCGACAAAAGCCCAUUUUCCGAAAGUCUCAAAGAUCUAUGCAGCCUCUCAAGGCCCAGGAGUGGGCUGGAUCCAGGGGCCACAAUGCGGGCCUGUUCCACGAGGCCAGUGCUGACAUGAGUGGCCCCCAGUCUAUAGCCAUACACACUGAGACCAUGACAGGCCAAAGAAAACUACACAUCGCAAAUGCACUUGUAGAAGCCCAGCCCUCAGAUGACAAACCAUUGGUUCUUCAGGUUGGGAAGCUGCUGCAAGGACGCAGCCGUGAAGGCUCGACAGAAGACUGCCUGGCUGAGCUCACUGAGCAAAUGGGGAAAAUGCACAUGAAGGAACUCAGUGCAGAUGAACCUCUUAAAUACCCCAUAGAGGAGACCGCACAGGCCCAGCCAUGCAGUGGACCCAAUGACGUCAUCACAGCUCCACCCACAAAAUCCCCAGAUGGCAUGAGCCUGCCCAUCCUGUGCAGCCCAUCCCAGGAGCCUGUCUGCAACAUCACAGGUUGUGGUAGCUGUGCUGGGUCUGAUGGCGUUCUUGCACAGGACAACCUUAUUAGAGAGCCUCCUCAGUCAAUCUACAUCCAUAGUGCACUGAGCGUGUGUACACCAGUGUUUGGACCACCGACUGACCACAGUCAGACUGCCAAUAAGGGCUCAAACGGACGCAAGAGUCCCACACCUCAGCCACCAGAAGACGACCUAGUCCAAACAUACGUGGUGAUUUAGAGACAGAGUAUUCCUGUUUCUUCCUUAUCCAUGGCAGAGAUUUGAAAGUGUUCUAGAGCGUGGCAGUGCACCAAAAAUGUCUUUGUGCUAGUCAUGAUGUGCAAAGCAUUUUCAUUGAUAGCGAGUUUCUUGUUAAUGAAGCCCUGAUUUUGGAUUAGCUUUGGUAUCUUAAGAGUUUAUGAAGGUGACAGGAAGAAUGUCUGUGCUCUUUGGCUUUUUAACUUCUAUCAUAGCUUUUUGAAGUGAAGGAAGGUGUCUUGCUGCUAUAAUUUUCAUGAAUAUGCUUUGGUCAAAAUUAUUAUUAGAGCUUGGUUUUCUAGGUACUGUUCCUUAUGAAAUGUAGACAGAUACAUGUGCGCUUGUCUUAUGGACCCUUUGUUCUGCUGGGAUGUCUAACCUUGGAUUAAUGGGGUUAUAUAAGUGUUACAAAAUGGUGUUUGGGGCUUCAUUUAUAAAACGUGCAUAUGCACAGAUUUGAUCUUACAGGUAAAAUUCAUGCCAACGUUAAGAUUUAUAAAAAAAAUGGUCUUUGACAUGGAAAAGUGCUUAGUGCCACACCAGGUUCUAAGCAGAUGUACAAACACAGGUAUUUGGAAAUCAAAAAAUUCUUGUCGCUCACCAUUCUCAAGGAAAGAACUUGGAAGUUGACUGGUGCACUUUGAUAUGCUAAUGACAUUAAUUAGGGGCCAUUUACAAGACAGAGAACUAAAUUCAAGAUCAUUUGUGAUUUAUAGAUUCACAUCUGUGAGGUGUGCGCAUGCUUUUUGCGUGUACGUUCAUUUUUGUGAAUCACACAUAUGCACAUUUGAGAAAUAAUCUUAGAUCAAAUGUAGGUUUCUACCCAACAUUUUAUAAAUGAGGCCCCUGGGGCAUCUAUAUUAUACUACCUGUUAUUUAAAGAAAUAAGGUGCAAACAAUUGUAGUACUUUUCGUGCCAUACUACUGAGGCUACAGUGCAGCGCAUCAGAAUUAUGUGACUGUAAAUUACAAUGUAAUAAAAUCACUAUUUUCAAAUCAUUUUUUUUCUUCAGUUUAUUUAAAACAAUGCCUUAUGCAGUAUAAAUUACAUUGGUCGCAAUAACACCUUCAGUAACAUAAACUGACCACAGUUCCUGUAUUUGAUAGAGUCACUGUCUGCAAGUGGGAGGAUGCACAACUCAUGAAAAUAAAAGAAUCUUUAAGACCCUAGAAUGAGGACUUCACUGUAAAAUGCAAGGCUAAAUCACAUACAGUAUAUUUGCACGGUCUGGAAUUGUCAUUCUGAAUUUAAAAUAUCUACAGACAAAGAAAAAAUGGAAAUGUUUCCAAGUGCAGUAGUUUUAGAUAUGGAAUGAUUCCAUAAACAACACUAAAAAUAAAAA